AUGGCCGAAGCACGCCCUGCUAACGCACGGGCCCGGAAAAAGGUGACCUGGUGGCUGCGGAUGAAAUACAGGCUGCUACGCCUCACCUCACCACUCCGUCUCCGCGGCAGUAUUACCCGUCUUAGCCAUCACAACAAGCGGCCUUUUCUCUCACUGCUUCGUCUUUGCCUGCCUACAACCUCCCUAACUUGGUCAUUCCCUGUUCCAGAACCUCUCUCCCCAAGUACCCUUAUUACAGACCCAUCACUUUGCUGGAAGAGACGUAUAGAGGGGGAUAUUAAAAACCUACAAGAUAUUCCUAUCUGGCGCUCUCGAGAUACCCCCCUCCGCUCUUUAUACCGUCUCUAUGAGGCUGUAAUGGCGGGUGAAGAGUUCUUCGUUGUUAUUGGCUAUGAAACGGAAUACUUUUGGUAUCAAAACCGGACUUCCUGGGAGCCUCAAUAUAUACCAGACCCAGCUGACCCUGACCCUCUUCGCUAUGCUAUCCUUGCCUGUAUUGCAGAGGCAUUAGUAUUGGCAUUAAACUGGCGGUUAAGUCUUGGUAUGAGGAGGAAUGGAAACCAUAUACAUCGCCAGACCGGUAGUGACCCUUACCCACCUUACAACCCCUUGCUUAUGCCCUCCUGGGUAAGAAACGUGCCUCCAGUAUCAACCGAGUACCUACGCUUAACUAUACCUGCCAACAAACUUGAUUCUGAUGGGCGCCUGGUACUUAUAGACGGGGGGAAGAGCGAGAUAUUUCGCAAGAGGAACAUUAUUGCUUCUGAAUAUAGAUUCUACACUAUAUAG